GCCGGGCCGCCGCGGCCUUUGUCUGCGGAUGGUGGACGCGGGAGGCCGCCCCGCCGCCGAGGGCUGGCGGAGGAUGGAGGCCCCGCCGGACGGCGCUGACCUGGUGCCGCUGGACCGCUACGACGCGGCGCGGGCCAAGAUCGCCGCCAACCUGCAGUGGAUCUGCGCCAAGGCCUACGGGCUAGAUAACAUCCCCGAGGACCUCAGAGACCCCUUCUACAUUGACCAGUAUGAGCAGGAGCACAUUAAGCCACCUGUUAUCAAGCUGCUCCUGUCCAGUGAGCUGUACUGCCGUGUCUGCAGCCUCAUCCUGAAGGGGGACCAGGCAGCCACCUUGCAAGGACACCAAUCUGUCAUCCAGGCUCUGUCCCGAAAGGGCAUCUAUGUGAUGGAGAGUGACGACACCCCUGUGACAGACGCAGACCUGGGCCACGCGCCCAUAAAGAUGAGCGCCCACAUGGCCAUGGUGGACGCCCUGAUGAUGGCCUACACCGUGGAGAUGAUCAGCAUCGAGAAGGUGGUGGCCAGCGUCAAGCGCUUCUCUACAUUCAGCGCCUCGAAAGAACUUCCCUACGACCUCGAGGAUGCCAUGGUGUUCUGGAUCAACAAGGUAAAUCUUAAAAUGAGAGAAAUAACAGAGAAGGAAGUUAAAUUAAAACAGCAAUUACUGGAAAGUCCAGCUCAUCAAAAGUCUCCCUCCAAGUGGUAUUGGAAGUUAGUGCCCGUUCGCUAUCGGCGAGAGCACCUCUCCGCUCGGCAGCUGCCCUGCUUCCCGUUGCUGGAGGACUUGAUGCGAGAUGGCAGUGACGGGGCUGCUCUCUUGGCGGUUGUCCACUACUACUGCCCAGAACAGAUGAAGCUGGACGACAUUUGUCUAAAGGAGGUGCCGUCGCUGGCCGACAGCCUGUACAACAUCCGGCUGCUGAGGGAGUUCUCCAACCAGCACCUGAGCAAGUGCUUCUACCUCACCCUGGAAGACAUGCUCUAUGCGCCCCUGGUGCUCAAGCCAAACCUCAUGGUCUUCAUUGCUGAGCUUUUCUGGUGGUUUGAAAAUGUCAAGCCAGACUUCGUCCAGCCCAGGGAUGUUCAGGAGCUGAAAGAUGCUAAAACGGCAUUGCAGCAGAAAAGUAGCCGGCCUCCUGUCCCCAUCUCCAAUGCAACCAAGCGCAGCUUCCUGGGCAGCCCUGCUGCACUGAGCCCCGCUGACCUGCCGCCACCUACUCAGCCACCAGCCGAAGGCGGGCAUAGGUACCACCUCCAUCCCGAAGAAGCUGAGUGUCUUGGGAAAGGAACUUCUGCCUUUAGCCCUUCCCAUCCUCUAUUGCCACUGAGGCAGAAGCAGCAGAAAGCAGUGCAGGCAGAGGACAGCCCUGACCAGCGACAUCGAUCUAACUCUUUAACCCGAGUCGAUGGCCAGCCACGAGGUACGGCAGUAGCGUGGCCAGAAAAAAAAGCCAGGCCAGUGUCCCAGCCAACACCCUUUGCUCUCCACCAUGCUGCGAGCUGUGACGUGGACCUUGGCUCUGGUGACAGCGUCAGCCUGGCGCGCUCUAUCAGCAAGGACAGCUUGGCAUCCAGCAUUGUUCAUCUGACCCCACAGAACCAGCCCUGCCCCACAGCUGGGAGGACCAAUGGGAGGAGCCUCCUGAGCAAUGUUAGUAUUGAGGAUGAGGAUGAGGAGCUGGUGGCCAUCAUCAGGACAGAUGUGUCUCCCCACUGUGUGGACCCGCAAGGCCCCAGGGCCUCGCCGCGGGCCCCAGGCCUAAUAGCAGGUGCCAGGUCUCCCCAGAGGCAGGUGGAUGCCCUAGAGAAUAAGCCUGACAGCUUUUUCUUGGAGCCCCUGCUGCCAGCAGUGCUGAGGCCGGCAAAAGAGAAGCAGACCACCACCAAGGAGGAUGAGCGAGGGGAAGGGAGACCUCGGAGCAUUGUGCCCAGGAGGCCCAGCGAGGGCCCUCAACCUGCUGCCCGGAAGAAGGCGACCGGCCGUCGUGACUUGAAGAGCACUUUCACCCCAAUUCCGUGCUCAGAGCUUGCUGUUAGCACUGACCCUGCAGAGCGGGGACUGCGGUCUGCAGAAGCUACAGAAGUGCAUGGGGGCCCUCUGGCCUUUGGCGGAUUGGAUCCGUUGUCUCAGGGACAGUCUGCUGAUGGCUUUUUCCUUCACCUAGGCAGGGCUGAUGGAGACACAGAGGGAAGGUUAUGUGUUGGCCCAAGAAGCCCUGGCACCCCCGAUGAGGAGCCCUGGGCUGUCCUGAGGCCAGAUUCUGACUCUGACGUGGGAGACCUAGAGGAAGUGGAACAGGAUUUCAUUGGCGAGGACCCUGCCGUGGUGAUUGCCAGGUACGCCGGUGAAGAGGAGUCAGCCAAGUUGCAGGAGGACAUGAAGGUGAAGGAGCAUGAGGACAAAGAUGAUGCUAGUGGCCGCUCGAGCCCAUGUCUGAGCACUGCCUCUCAGCUCAGCAGCGUAUCCAUGGCCAGUGGAAGCGUGAAGAUGACCAGCUUUGCUGAGAGGAAGCUCCAGAGACUCAACAGCUGUGAAACCAAGUCCAGUACCAGCAGCUCCCAGAAGACCACACCGGACGCAUCGGAAAGCUGCCCAGCCCCUCUGACGACGUGGAGGCAGAAGAGAGAGCAGAGCCCAGGCAGGCACAGCCGGGACCCUGCCAGCCUCCUGGCGUCUGAGCUGGUGCAGCUGCACAUGCAGCUGGAGGAGAAGCGCAGGGCCAUAGAGACCCAGAAGAAGAGGAUGGAGGCCCUGUCUGCGCGGCAGCGCCUGAAGCUGGGCAAGGCCGCCUUCCUGCACGUGGUGAAGAAGGGGAAGGCUGAUGGUGCCCCUCAGCCACUGAGGCCAGAGCAUUUUGCAAAGGAGUAUGUUCAGCACAAUGGCGAGGACUUUGACAGUGGCAUUUCUAAGUCAGAAGCCUUCCUCGCCAAGGAAGAGCAGAGGGAAGAUCUCAGUGAGUCUCAGGACAUAGACAGAGAAAGCCUGGCUUUUGUCCAGCUUCAUAAGCCCAAAGACCUGACGGCUGUGCAUGACGGGGAGAAGGGCAGAGCGCUUUCUGCUGCUCUCCUGGAGGACGGCAUUGGCGAGGUGGGAGACCUGAGCGAAUGCGACCUUUCCAUUGAGAAGCUGAACGAGACCAUCAGCACGCUGCAGCAGGCCAUUCUGAAGAUCUCCCAGCAACAGGAGCAGCUCCUCAUGAAGUCCCCCACGGUACCAACGCCAGGCCCUAAAAAUAACUCUCAGGACCAAAAAGUAAAGACCUCAAUCCACUUCGUUGAGCCGCUUUCUCCGACUGGGGUGUCUGGUCACCGCAAACCCCCCCGUCUGGGCCAGAGCCGGAGCUCCCGUUCAGGAAGACCAGCUGAGCUGAAGGUUCCAAAGGAUAGGCAGCAGGGCUCUUCCCGGAGCAAGACCCCAACACCCACUGUGGAGACCCUCCCACAUCUUCGACCUUUCCCCUCUGGUGAUCACCCACGGACACCUCCCGACCCGGGCGUGGACAGUGCUGCAGCCCCCGGCAGCAACCCUCCUGAGAAGUGUCUCUUGGACAGUUACAGGCUUCAUGAUGAAAGCAACCAGCGGACAUUGGCUCUGUCCUCCUGCAAAGAGGCAAAUGUUCUGUCAGAACAGAUGAACUUCACAGAAGCUGUGGACACGAGUGGGAAAGAGGCAGGGCUGCACUCCUCCGACCCCGCAGGGAGCGACCACGUUCCUGGGGAAGAGCCACUGAGGAGCAAGGCCAGCCUCAUCGAGGUGGACCUGUCCCACCUACAGGCCCCCGAUGAGGACGGAGAGGGGGCUGGCCACACGGGCUCUGUGGACCUCCUCAGCGACAGUGACCAGAAGCCUGGGCUUGGCUUCUUCUUUAAGGACGAACAGAAAGCAGAAGAUGAACUUGCCAAGAAGCGGGCGGCCUUCCUCUUGAAACAGCAGCGCAAGGCCGAGGAGGCUCGCGUGCGGAAACAGCAGCUGGAGGCAGAGGUGGAGCUCAAGCGGGAUGAAGCCCGGCGUAAAGCUGAGGAGGACCGCAUCCGGAAGGAGGAGGAGAAGGCACGGCGAGAGCUCAUUAAGCAGGAGUACUUGCGGAGGAAGCAGCAGCAGAUCCUAGAGGAGCAAGGGCUCGGCAAACCCAGGUCGAAGCCGAAAAAGCCGCGCCCAAAGUCCGUGCACCGGGAAGAGUCUUGCAGUGACUCUGGGACCAAGUGUUCCUCCACCCCGGAUAACCUGAGCCAGACUCAUUCCGGCUCCAGCCUGUCCUUGGCCUCUGCAGCGACCACGGAGCCCGAGAGCAUCCACUCAGGGGGCACACCUUCGCAGCGAGUGGAGUCCUUGGAAGCCUUGCCCAUUCUGAGCCGCAACCCAAGCAGGAGCACAGACCGGGACUGGGAAACGGCGUCGGCAGCUUCCUCCCUGGCCUCAGUGGCCGAGUACACAGGUCCCAAGCUCUUCAAGGAGCCCAGUAGCAAGUCCAACAAGCCCAUCAUCCACAACGCCAUCUCCCACUGCUGUCUGGCCGGGAAGGUGAACGAGCCUCACAAGAACUCCAUAUUGGAGGAGCUGGAGAAGUGUGACGCCAACCACUAUAUCAUUCUGUUCCGUGACGCCGGCUGCCAGUUCAGGGCGCUGUACUGCUACUACCCCGACACCGAGGAGAUCUGCAAGCUCACCGGCACGGGGCCCAGGAGCAUCACCAAGAAGAUGAUCGACAAGUUAUACAAAUACAGCUCAGACCGCAAACAGUUCAACCUGAUCCCAGCCAAGACCAUGUCCGUCAGCGUGGAUGCACUCACCAUCCAUAACCACUUGUGGCAGCCCAAGCGGCCCGCAGUGCCAAAGAAGAACCAGACUCGUAAGUGACCCCAGUGAAGCCCGGGGUCUGAGGACAUGCCGACGGGAUCCAUAGUUACUGUUCCGUCUACUGGGGUACGAAGCGUGCAGAGACACUGACCUUUUUUCAGAGGUGUUUAGACCACAACAGGAAGCCCUCUCUCGCCUCCUUGCACGCACAGGGCAUGCUGGGAGGGCCAGAGGGAGGCGUACGUGCCCUGUUUUCAGUGGCAGCUGCUGUGGUCCCUGCUGACCAACGCGGCCCUCAGAUGGGGACGUCGUGCGGCGAGGUCUCCAGUGUGCGUCCCCCUCGCUUGCCCCUCCACACACUGCCUGCUGCCCUCCAGUUGGCCAGCGCAGGCGUGCUCUGCAGUCAGGUGUGUGAAUGUCUUCCUGAGAGGAGCUCGUGUGGAGUCUUUAUUUGAGAAGUUGUCUAUUUAUUGAUUGUUCUACUGCCAACAUCUACAUCCAGUCCUGAGAUGUCUGAACAAGUCCUUGUUCCUUGCUGCUCAGAGAAGCUUACUGAGGUUCCCAGUCCACUAAAGGCACUGAAAGCAGCAGUCAGUCUCUGCGGCACCCCUUUACAGGCGUGGAGAUGGCGACUGCGACAGGCGGCCGUGCGGAUGGCCGGGUACUGCUGGCUGGUGUUGGCCUGCUGUGAGGUGGUGCUGGGCCAUCAGGGGCUGUGCCGGUGACGCUGGGUAGGGGCUGGUGGUCUGUUCACUUAAUAAAAGCAGAUUUUGGUACAGUUAGCGCAUCUGUCCCUCUGAGCGGGUCUCUCCUGAGAUGCUGCACAGGGCCGAGACUUUCUUUGUGGUGGUGUGACGUCUGUACCUGCCGUCGCGCUCUGGCUUGAGGAGUAGCAUGCUCUGCAGGGUGUACAGGCAGGUGAGGGUGGUGACUUUGUCUUGUUGCCUAUUUAAAAGCAAUUAUGUGGUUAUUUGCAGUUAUUCCAGAACUCAAGUAAAGUGGAGUGGCUUUGGGUUCUUUCCACAUGGGUCCCAGUGGCGGCUGAUGCUUCUCCAGAGCAGACGUUCCUGGGGAGCAGGUGCAUCCCAGCCCCAGCCACGGCUUGUGCCACGCGGCAGAGACACCUGUGUGACGGACCAGCUGCCGGAAGAUCCUGGAGCCACUUACGUUAGUUUUGCACAUAUUUUCUUGGGAGUGUUACUUGAAUCUAUCUUGAACUGCAGAAAAAAAUUGACGUUAAUAGAAGAAGUUAGAGACAGAUAUAACUGUCACACAGUGUUAGGUAGAAAGGUGACGGAGCUGUGUGCAGAGGAAGGAGGGGACAUGGUACGGGACAGGAGAGGGAAGCCCAGGCCUCCUUCAGUUUCCUCAUCCUUUGAAGAAGAACAUGGCCUGCUCCGACUGUGUAAAUAUCGUGCCGGGCCCUGUGCUGCUGUGGAGUGACCGCAGCCCGUGCCGAGAUUAAAGUCUGGACGUCUGUCAA